AAAUAACGAUACAAAACUUGAGCGAUAAUAAUGACAAUAUUAUCCAACAAUGACCUCAAGACUUUCAUUUAAAUGAAGGCCCUGCAUUGGGAUGGUUGCUAUAUUUCGUUAAAACAAUACGCCCAAGAAAGUACUGUACUGGUAUUUACGCAACUUGUGUGUACAGUCUACAGACAAAAAAACAGGAAAGUAUGAGUUCGAACUAUGUUACGUGUAGAUAAUGUAUUGGACAUGCCACGAGUGGGCAAGUUCAUAUGCCCCAAACAUUCGUGUUUGAGGAUGAUGCAUUGACACGUGUACUAUUUAACACCAAGUUAGGGUCGGCUCCUGGGGAACGAGACAAUUGUUAUGCUGGACCAGAGACAAUGCCAGUGAGCUUAAUUAAACUUUACAUCCACCUGGUCAAUCCACUGCUGGAUGAAGACCUCUCCGUGCCGAUAAGAUGGUUGUUGGUGGCCAGACCAAACCGAACUUCACCACGCUGGGCAGUGGCGGUUCAUGUUGCACAACUUUGCUACACCGCCCUCUGCUGCACAAGCUGUGUGAUUUCGCACUCCACACGGCACUCGUCUUCAGUGUAGAUCCACGCACAGUUUGGGGGGGGAAGGACAGGGUGAGUCGGACGGACAAGUGAUGGUUUGCGAACACAUUUUGAACGCGGUCACGCCGAGACGAGCUGCCUUUGCCUCCUCAACCAAGGCGAGGGUCAGGAACCGGAUUAAAGGACUCAAAUCCCUGAGCGGUUGCGUAGAUGACGAUGAUGAUAACGACGAUGACCCUUGGCAACAUGUUGGAUCUCCCCCCCCCCCCCCACACACACAAUGGAUACGGCGCUUGGAGUCAUUCACCCACCAGCGCAAUUCCAGUGUAGUGCACGCACCGCACGCGCGAUACAUCUGUAACAUCAUCACCAUCAUCAUCACCACCAACACCACCAACACCGUGCAGGCCGGCUGACGUGCGCCCACGCCAGGCCCGAACCCUCUGCAGCUGUGCGGGCUCCCGAGGGUGCGGAGUCCCCAGGACCCCUAUCAGGAGUCCCCGGGACCCCUAUCAGGAGUCCCCCCUCCUGGGGGAAGGGGGCGGGUGGGCGACUCCUGCGACUGGUCCGCGGCCCGAGGCGUCGCUCUUCGCUGCGACCUCGCUUCUACCCAGUCCCGAGAUGUCACAGAGGCAGGAGCUGGUGAGCCGACUCAAGCAGCAGGACAUGACUGGGAGGCUGUGGCCCUGGCUGGCCAAGCUUCCUCGGGCGUCCGUGCUUGUGCCGCUGUUUUUGUGGAACGGAGAGCCCCAUGUGCUGCUCACUGUGCGCUCCGAGCAGCUGCGAACAAAUAAAGGAGAGGUUUGUUUCCCGGGAGGGAAGCAAGACCCGCAGGACCAGGAUGAGAUAGCCACAGCUUUGCGGGAGGCGCAGGAGGAGAUCGGACUUGCCCCUGAUCAGGUCGAGGUGGUGUGCCAGUUCGUGCCCAUCAUCAACUUGAGGGGCUUAAUGGUCACCCCGGUGGUAGGAUUCGUGCCAUCGGACUUUGAACCGAAGCCCAACCCGGAUGAAGUGAGUGCAAUAUUCCACAUGCCGCUGGCUCACUUUUUGAGCCCCAUCAACCACAGCGACCGUAUGUUCACCAUGCCAGGAGGCUCCACAUUUAACAUCCACUACUUCACCUAUCAGGAAGCGAAGAGCGGUGAGGCUGAGGGUCCUUCUUAUGAGAUUUGGGGCCUGACUUCCAUCAUUUGCAUCGUGGUUGCCACCAUCGUCCUUGGCCGAGCACCUGAAUUCCCGGUGAAUUUCGACGUUUCAAAUCCCCAAGGUUUUAUGGAGCAGUAUCUGAAUGAUAGAAUGAUCCCCAAUAAGCUUUGAGAGCAUUAGCCUGAUGCUGAAGCCAUAAUCAUCUGAAAACAUGAAGCUGAUCAUAUCUUGUAAAACGGUGUACAGCAAUCCCUUGCCAACCAUUGUUUCGAGUAUCCACGCAUAAUAUUAUUUUGACCGUUUUUUGCCAACCACGGUUUGGUUUUUCGUUUCCCGUGACCUGAAAUCUUCAGCCGUGUUCAAGCAUCUGCCACCGAGGGCGCUGUAAUACUAUAAAAAUCGUACACCUGACGAAUCAAAUUUAAGAUCGAUGAUCCCAUCGCAGUCCGCUUUUAUUGUACCACGGCUGCAUCAAGCACGUGUACCCAUACUUGUCCACUUACAGUACUUGUCCACGUCGUUCAGUGUUGUGCAGCAGUCGUCAAAGCGUAGGAGCACUGUAAUUUAUACCUCAUGAAAGUGUACCAACAAUUUUUGCCCCGAAGCAUGGCCCCCUAAGCGUCGAGCUGGUGGUGAAGGUGAGCGUAAUGUGAAGAGGGCCAGGAAAGUGAUUUGUCUUCAGAGAAAAAAAGAUAUUAGUCUUGCCAACCACGGUUUUGCCAACCAGGGGGGUUUUCAGGAACCUAACCACCGUGGUUCGUGAGGAUUUGCAGUAUAUAUUGUUUGAAAUAGGUUGAAUUGGCUCAAAGCACAAGCUCUUUAACUCUAAGCAGACCAACUGUGGAUUUUACAGGCCCUUUGUUAUAAGACCACCUUUUUACCCAUGAAGACACCCACCCCUUCUGAAGAAUUUAAGAACACUUCCCUUGUGUUUACUGUCUCUUCAAACAUUUUUUUACUGAUCCACGUCCAUUAUUUUGUAUAUAUACACUGCAUACUCAAUAUACAGUAUAUAUUAUAAAGUUAAUAAUGUACCAGUGGCAGUACUUUUUAUGUAAAACAUGUAUACACAAAAUGGAAGCGGAACAAUAAAGAAACAUGUAAUAAUACUUCUAAUUGUUAAAUGAGCAUUGUGCAUUGAAUAUUGUGUGAACAGUGACUUGGAUAACUGUUAAAAUACUUUAUUAAAAUAUGGAAUCAUUU